AUGGAUUCCCGUUACCUUCCAAUGCUUUUCUUUGUCAAUCUGAUGCUGGUGACAGCCCAUGCUGCGUUGUCUCCUCAACUUUACUGGAAAAUGAUGCUUCCAAAUACCCCAAUGCCGAAAUCAAUCAAAGAGUUUGUAAAGCAUGGAGAAUAUUUGGGUCACAUGCAAAAGGAGACAAUUGAUGACCAAAAUGCUCGUAUAAUGAUGUGGGGCAAGAGUACCGGGAAGCAAUUACAGGACAAAGCUCUCUUGCACGAUGAUACUAAAGAGAGUGAAUCACAGAGUGAUGCAGCAAUUGCUCAUCAUCCAAAGAAGAGGCCUGAAAUGAAUCAUCAAAUAGAUGAUGUAAAAGUAGACUUAAUCUUUUUUGAAGAUGGCCUGAGUCCCGGCACAAAAAUGGAUGCACACUUCAAUAAAACAGAAUAUAGAAAACCAUUAUUGCCUCGCCAAGUUGCUCAACGUAUACCAUUCUCUUCAGAAAAGAUAAACGAAAUACUACAGAUAUUAUCCGUGAAACCCAACUCAGAAAUGGCAAAUGCUGCAGAGACACAAAUUAGGAUUUGUGAAGGGCCUCCACGAAUUGGAGACGAAAAAUUUUGUGCAACUUCACUUGAAUCCAUGUUGGAUUAUGUCAUUUCUAGGCUGGGGAAUAAUCUCCGUGCUUUUGCUACUUAUGCAGAAAAGGAAGGGAAGCCACAAAAAUUCUUAGUGAAAAAUGGAGUAAAGACAUUAGCAGAGGGAAAUGUGAUUGCUUGUCAUCUUAUGGAUUACCCAUAUGCUGUAUUUUUUUGUCAUCAUUUAGAAAAGACCACCACACAUUUUAUGCCUUUGGAGGGAGAAGAUGGGACUAGAGUCCAAGCUGUAGUUGUAUGCCACAGAGACACAUCAUUUUGGGAUCCAGAUAAUAUGGAAUUACAAGCCCUCAAAGUCAGGCCUGGAGAUUGUCCAGUGUGUCAUAUAUUCCCUGAGGUUCAUGUUGUGUUUACCAAGUAG